UUUAAUUAUAUGCAUAUUAUUAUUGUUUAAAAGGAUGAACCUAGUUACCCAACAACUUACAUUCAGCAACUGACCGUUUGACACAGAGAGAGACCAACUACAUAUAGCAAUUGACACACACACACCCACACACACACACACACACACACACACACGCAGAGAGCUAGAGAACCAUGGGUGGCGAAGAUGAAGAAGAUCAGGAGGGCCCAUUACUGAGAAGAAUCCAGUCAUCUGAUGAUUCUCAAGAACCUCUCAAAAGAACUGAAAUCCAACAAAUUUGAUUCGAAUGUGAGAACGGUUGGUUGGCUGGUGAGCACCAACCCCUCACAUUCAAGUUCGGAUUUUUCGGUCUGCAAACCAUUUUAUUUUCCGAGGAGAGAAGAACCAAAAAAUGCAAUAUUUGUGAAUGAGAGCUUAUAUGGUUGUGGAAUCGCAUAUACCAUCACAUCUGCUGCCAGUAUGAAAGCAAUUCAGAAAUCAAAUUGUUACCAUAGAGAAGGCCAUGAUGCAGCAUGUGAAUAUGGGGAAACUUUAUAUAUGCUGAUAUUUGGAGUCACUCAGAUUGUGGUGUCCCAGAUACAAGAUUUCCAUAACAUGGCAUGGCUCUCCAUUGUUGCUGCUACCAUGUCCUUCACCUACUCUAUCAUUGGAUUUGCCCUCAGCUUUGCAAAAGUCAUCGAAAAUGGGGAGAUUAAAGGGAGCAUUGGAGGAGUCCCAACUGACAGUAUAAUUGACAAGUUAUGGUUGGCCUUUCAAGCUCGUGUAGAUAUUGCUUUUGCCUAUCCAUAUACAAUUAUCCUUCUAGAGAUACAGGAUACGUUGAAGUCAUCUCCACCAGUAAUCCAGACCAUGAAGAAGGCCUCAGUGUCUGCAAUCUUUGUUACCACUUCCUUCUACCUCCUCUGUGGAGGCUUUGGUUAUGCAGCCUUUAGGAAUGAUACAACCGGGAACCUCUUGACGGGAUUCAGAUUCUAUGAGCCCUACUGGCUCGUGGACUUCGCCAACGCUUGCAUUGUUCUACAUCUAGUUGGAGGAUAUCAGGAAACUUCUUAUUUCACAUCAAUUAAGCUGCUCUAGUACCUAAUUUAAUUUGCACAACUUAACCUCUUAACAACGCUUUAGCACCAUAAAGCUAGUAUCAGUUGAUAGACUUCAACUUGUUAACGCUUUAUCAUUAGAGAUGCUAAAAAAUGAAUAUAUAUGGGUUUAUAUAGGAGACGACACGUGUGGAGAGUAAGUAAACUAACCAUAUAUACAUGGUAAACCUAAACCUUAUAUGAUAAACAUAUACAUACUAGUAAUAGUUGUUAGACUUGAACUUGUUAUUUCACGCUAGUCAAUUCGAGCUUUUACCAUUAGAGAUGCUAAUUAUUGUUGUUUUUUUUUUUUUUUUUUUCUAAUCACGAGCAUUUCUUGGUUAGGUAUAUAGUCAGCCACUGUUUGCAUUGAUAGAAAAAUGGUUUGCUGAGAAGUUCCCGGACAGCGGAUUCGUAAACAAUUUAUGAGCAUUCAAGCUCCAAUUGUUGCCGGCUCUUCAACUAAAUCCCAUGAGGCUAUGUUUCCGAGCAUACGUUGUGUCAACUGUGAGAUAUAUUUUUGAAAAUUAGUAUAUUUCUGUAACAGAACAAUCCUAGUUGAGUUUUAUUUUUAGUUACCAUAUCAGGCUUGAUAUCGACUGUGGAAUUCAGAGGUUUAAUAGAAGAGGAAAGUAUUGUUGAUCAUCGAAAAGGAAAGAACACACAUUAUGA